GCUGCUGGGAGCCCCGGCCGGCUAGCCCCGGGGUCAGUCAGAAGCGGUCUCGCCUGGGACCAGCCCUCAGGUCUCCGGCCCCUCCCAAGGACCAUGCCGCAGCCCUACUGACGCAGGAGUAGGGGCCUGAGGGGGCACCUGGCAUGGGCUGUGUGUUCUGCAAGAAGUUGGAGCCGGGGGCCAAAGAGGAUGAUGGUCUGGAAGGGGACUUCAAGAACUAUGGGGCUGCAGACCGCUACGGCCCCGACCCCACUCAGAGCCGGCCUGCAUCUUCCUUUUCCCACAUCCCCAACUACAACAGCUUCUCCCCUCAGCCCGCCAGCCCCGCCUUCCUCGAUGCGGGCACCAUCCGGGGCAUCUCAGGGAUUGGGGUGACCAUGUUCAUCGCCCUUUAUGACUAUGAGGCCCGAACGGAGGAUGAUCUCACCUUCACCAAGGGCGAGAAGUUCCACAUCCUGAACAACACCGAGGGUGACUGGUGGGAGGCUCGGUCCCUCAGCUCCGGACACACUGGCUACAUUCCCAGCAACUACGUGGCCCCUGUGGACUCCAUCCAGGCUGAAGAGUGGUACUUCGGAAAGAUCGGGAGGAAGGACGCUGAGAGGCAGCUGCUCUCCCCAGGGAACUCCCGCGGGGCCUUCCUCAUUAGAGAGAGCGAGACCACCAAAGGCGCCUACUCCCUGUCCAUCCGGGAUUGGGACCAGACCAGAGGCGAUCAUGUGAAGCAUUACAAGAUCCGCAAACUGGACACUGGUGGCUACUACAUCACAACGAGGGCCCAGUUUGACUCCGUGCAGGAGCUGGUGCAGCACUACCUUGAGGUGAACGAUGGGCUGUGCCAUCUGCUCACGGCAGCCUGCACCACCAUGAAGCCGCAGACGCUGGGCCUGGCCAAGGACGCCUGGGAAAUCAGCCGCAGCUCCAUCACGCUGGAGCGCCGACUGGGCACCGGCUGCUUUGGGGAUGUGUGGCUGGGCACGUGGAACGGCAGCACCAAGGUGGCGGUGAAGACGCUAAAGCCGGGCACCAUGUCCCCGAAGGCCUUCCUGGCAGAGGCGCAGAUCAUGAAGCUGCUGCGCCACGACAAGCUGGUGCAGCUGUACGCGGUGGUGUCCGAGGAGCCCAUCUACAUCGUGACCGAGUUCAUGUGCCACGGUAGCCUGCUGGAGUUCCUCAAGGACCGGCAGGGCCAUGUUUUGAAGCUGCCCCACUUGGUGGACAUGGCAGCACAGGUUGCUGAGGGCAUGGCCUACAUGGAGCGCAUGAACUAUAUUCACCGUGACCUCAGGGCAGCCAACAUCCUUGUCGGGGAGCGGCUGGUGUGCAAGAUCGCUGACUUUGGGCUGGCCCGACUCAUCGAGGAUGACGAGUACAACCCCCAGCAAGGGACCAAGUUCCCCAUCAAGUGGACAGCCCCUGAGGCUGCCCUCUUUUGCAGAUUCACUAUCAAGUCAGAUGUGUGGUCCUUUGGGAUUCUACUCACUGAACUCAUCACCAAGGGCCGAGUCCCCUACCCAGGCAUGAAUAACCGCGAAGUGUUGGAACAAGUGGAGCAUGGCUACCACAUGCCGUGCCCCCCAGGCUGCCCAGCAUCCCUGUACGAGGUCAUGGAACAAACCUGGCGUCUGGACCCGGAGGAGAGACCCACCUUCGAGUACCUGCAGUCCUUCCUUGAGGACUAUUUCACCUCCACAGAACCCCAGUACCAGCCUGGGGAUGAGACAUAGCCUGAUUGGGCAUCAACCACCUCUCUGGGGGUGCCCACCAACCCCUUCCUAUUCCUAGGGCUCUGGUCCCAAAACCCCCAGGGCUAGAACCCUAUAGAGUCCUAGCAUGUCAGAGCAAGCAAGUUGCUUUGGGUUCAUCUAGGGCAACCUGUUCAUUUUAGAGAUGGGACAAAUCGAGUCUCAGAGAUCAUCCCUCAGCCACUCUGGCCCCAAGCUCUGUCUCUCCUCUUCCCACUUAAGCCCCUACAUGCCUCUAGCUUUCCUGCCUGUGCUCCUUCCCCCCAAAAAAGAAAUGCUGAGAUUUUUUUCUAGUUAUUUAUAAAAUUGUAUAUCCUCUCCCUCACUUAUCACCUGUCCCUUCUUUCCUACCUGUCAACCCACCCUGGUCCAGACCCCCAGAAUUCACCUGCUCAAUUCUCUCAUGUCUGUAAGUUACAAACACAGAGAAAGUCUCUGGCAGAUCCCUUUCCCACUGGCUGGAUGCUGUAGUACAUGACCGGGGUCCAAGCCCAGGGCAAAGGAGAGGGUUGCUGAGGGCUCAUCACCUCUCUGAAUCAUGUGUGUGUUUACUGAUUUUGUAAAUAAGAAGAGUGACCAUAUGAAUCCUUGAGCCAUGAAAAUCUUUUCCUGUGGGAGGGACGGUGGUCAGUGGGAGGUGAAUGGGCCCGUUUUAGCUGCUGGGAGGAGGAGGAGGUUAGAGAGAGCCCUAAUGGCUGCUAA